CAUGAUCUUGGAUGUGAUUCCAGAAUGGGCAGAACUUUUGCUGUGGAUUAUUCCUGAAUGCUCAGUACAUUAACAUACAGAAUUUGAUUUGAGGUUGACCAGCAUAGCUUUCGUGAUCGCUUGCUCAUGUUGUCCUACCGUGGGUUUUAAAGGGGUCGAUCAUGAAAUCAAAUCUCUUUAAAUGGCGUCAAUACUUAGGCAAAUCGUGGCUGGGCCGCGACUCAGGCACCCCGAAGCGCGCCUUGAUUUAUGCUAUGUGACAGACGAGAGUAUGGUCUUCUCCGUUGCUUUUUUACCUUGCACUGAUAUACUUUUUUCCAAAUAGUCAUAGCAACUUCGGGUCCCUCCUCAACGUACCCUCAGCGUGCUUACCGAAAUCCAACGGAUGCCCUCGUCCGUUUUCUGGAUCUAAAGCAUGGCGAAAACUGGGCAAUAUGGGAAUUCCGGGCCGAAGGCACCGGUUAUCCUGAUAAAGAGGUUUACGGACGAAUCCACCAUUUUCCGUGGCCGGAUCACCAUCCGCCUCCGUUUUCUCUCAUCCCUCCGAUGAUGGCGAGUAUGCGCAAUUGGCUCACCAGUAAAUCCAAGGGGAAACGCGUCAUCGUUGUGCAUUGCAAAGCUGGAAAGGGGAGAAGUGGCACCGCUACUUGCAGCUACUUGAUUAGCGAACAAGGAUGGAAGGCAGCAGAUGCACUGAAGCAGUUUACCGAACGUCGAAUGAGGGUCGGUUUCGGUCCUGGUGUUAGCAUCCCUAGUCAGGUUCGAUACGUUGGGUAUGUUGAUCGUUGGGCAAACAAAUACAAUAAAAAGUACGUCGAGCGUCCAGUGGAGAUCUUGGAAAUACACAUCUGGGGCCUACGACAUGGUUUGAAAGUGCAGGUAGAAGGCUUUGUGGACGAAGGCCGAAAAAUAAAAUGCUUUCACCGAUUCCAUCGCAGCGAACGAACCACUAUGGAUGGAGACAAGGAGACGCAGGGAAAGAACCUGCCGAAUGGAAAUGCUUUGCUAGCGAAACCUAAUAAAGAAGAAACUAUCUCGAAUCCUCAAGCAACGACAGCUCCGACCCCAGUGGAAACAACUUCUCCGUUCCAGGCCAUCACAGAGCCAGAGCCUCUUACUAGGACUGUUGAGAAUAUCUCCUUUUUUUCCAAAACGCCCCCUCCGCGUGCGGCUUUCUCGUCUGUGCUUCUCCGCCCACAUAAACCACUCAUUAUCCCCACUUCAGAUAUCAAUAUCGACUUUGAAAGACGUGCUACAGCCGCCUAUUCCGGGUGGACAAUGGUUACUUCCGUGGCUCACGUCUGGUUUAAUGCCUUCUUCGAGGGUGGGCAUGAGCAUGACUCUGGAGUGUUCGAGGAGGAAUGGGGAAACCUCGAUGGAAUUAAAGGAACCUCAAGCAAGGGCACUAGAGCAUUCGACAGACUGAAGGUAGUAUGGAAAUACACAGCGCCUUCUCCCGGCGAAGAAGGCGCAAUUAUUCCUGGCGGUCCACCCCUUGCUGGCCAAGUUGUCUCAGAGCCAGCACCCGGGGAGGAAGUCCAUGAAGGACAUGCGGCAGACUGGCGCGGGGCGGACGUGGUUGAAGAAGAUAAUCUGGAAUCUGGGGAACAAGCUUCAUCAGAAUCUGAUGAGAACUCUGCCCCUCAAGAUACCAACAACAAAGAAAAUCAAACAGUAGAUCGAGCACGAACCAAGCAAUUACGGACCUCUAGUUUCCCUAGCGAUUCAUUACUUCUAAAACGGAGCCCACUCUCGGUAGCUGCUAGGAGACUUGGCCUUCGUCGACGGAGCUCUGCAACGGCUGGGGUUAGCUUGGUGAACGCUCCAGGAAAUUCUGCUACUAAUACAAGCGAAAUCCAGAAACCGAGAGAAAAUAUAGGUGCCGGAGCAGCGACACGAAAUAUAAGCUCAAAGAGAAACGCUACAUAGACACUAGACUUAGUCGCAUCGGACACAGUAAGAGGUCCAUGCGUAGGCCGGACGUAUAGGCAAUAUUCCUGGAUGUAACCGGGAGACAGAUGU